AUGCUGCUGUUGUGGGGAGAGGAGGAGUCCUACUCUUCUAUUUUGCUGUCUCGUCUUGGCCUGCAGCCGCGAGCACACUGAGUGACACUAAUGUUUGAUGGGGCUUGAGAACGGCUUUAAGGCACAAGUCCGCCAGAGUCAGCUUUAGGAUCUCUGGGCUCUGCGUGGUUCUCUGGUGAGACCUGGUUUUGGAGCACUGUGCUCUCCAGGCUGUUUGCACACGUCUGGUCCCGUGGUUGAUUUCCGCUUGGCAGAUUAGACAAAGGCAAGAGGGGCCAGUCUAUCUACGUUCUGAGUGCCGCCCUCACGAGACCUUCAUAACAGAGCUGGGGCCAAAGUCCACCGUGCUACCAUACCCCCACCCCAGACAUUGCUCUGGGGUUUGCCUGAGGCCAUCAGUGUGAAGAUGACCAGUGCCUUCCUAGCAUGACGACCUUGGACCAUGUGAUCGCCACCCACCAGUCAGAGUGGGUCUCCUUCAAUGAGGAGCCACUCUUUCCUGUCCCUUCCGAGGGGGGCACCGAAGAGCACCUCCCAGCACUGUCAUCUUACUCAGACCAGUCUGAGAGCUCCUCUGGGGAGAACCACGUGGCAGAUGGAGGCUCUCAGGAGCUUUCCCACUCGGAGCAGGAUGACUCCUCUGAAAAGCUGGGCCUCAUCUCUGAAGCCACCUCCCCUCCUGGGAGCCCCGAGCAGCCCUCACCAGACCUGGCCUCGGCCAUCAGCAACUGGGUUCAAUUUGAAGACGACACCCCCUGGACCAGCACAUCACCACCUCAGAAGGAAACAGCCCUACCAUUGACCAUGCCCUGCUGGACGUGCCCUUCCUUCGACUCCCUGAGGAGAUGCCCUCUGACCUCCGAGAGCAGCUGGACCACACGUUCUGAAGACACCAGUAGUCCUAGUUUUGAUCCCUCGUACACAGACCUGCAGCUCAUCGGUGCCGAGGAGCAGAUGAGUGGCAAGGCUUCUCAGGCUGACUCGACUGACGAGAGGACGGAGUGGCAGACAGGCAGGCAGACGGCGGUGAGUCCUGUUCAAGCAUGCACGGAGCAUACCUCUACCUGUACCCAGGGCCUGGACCCCUCGCCACCCCUACCCCACCCCAGGAGGAGCCAGAGCCCCUGCGAGGGUCCGGAGGGGGCCUCUGCUCCCAAUGACAGUUCUUCCUCAGUCCAGGAAGAUGAAGAGGUAGAGAUGGAGGCCAUCAGCUGGCAGGCCAGUAGUCCAGCCAUGAAUGGACAUCCUGCCACUCCAGUGGCCUCUGCUCGUUUCCCCAGCUGGGUGACUUUUGAUGACAAUGAGGUCAGCUGUCCUUUGCCACCAGUCACCUCUCCCCUGAAGCCAAACCCACCACCUGUUGCAUCUGUGAUUCCAGAUGUGCCUCAUCACUCAGCUGGGUCAUUUAAGAAGAGGGAACGUCCCAAGAGCACUUUAAUGAACUUUUCCAAAGUUCAGAAGCUGGACAUUUCAUCCUUAAACCAGCCGCCUUCCAUAACCGAGGCUCCACCUUGGAGGGCAACCAAUCCUUUCCUGAAUGAGACUCUGCAGGAUGUCCAACCCUCCCCUAUCAACCCUUUCAUUGCUUUCUUUGAGGAGCAGGAGAGGCGCUCCCAAAACAAUUCCAUUUCCAGUGCCACAAGCAAGAGCCAAAGAGAUUCUCUCAUUGUCAUCUACCAGGAUGCCAUCAGUUUUGAUGACUCAAGCAAAAACCAGUCCCACUCUGAUGCUGUCGAAAAACUCAAACAACUCCAGAUCGAUGAUCCGGAUCGUUUAGGCAGUGCGACACUUCCAGAUGAUGACCCGGCAGCCUGGGUUGAACUAGAUGACCACCCACCUGGUUCGGCACUGUCCCAGCCCAGGGAUGGGUGGCCGAUGAUGCUAAGGAUCCCUGAGAAGAAAAACAUCAUGUCAUCUAGGCACUGGGGACCCAUCUACAUCAAACUGACGGACAGUGGUUACCUGCAGCUGUAUUAUGAGCAGGGUCUGGAGAAACCAUUCCGUGAGUUCAAGCUGGAGAUCUGCCAUGAAAUUUCGGAACCUCGGCUCCAAAACUAUGAUGAGAACGGCAGGAUCCACAGCCUGCGAAUAGACCGUGUCACGUACAAGGAGAAGAAGAAAUACCAGCCCAAACCUGCAGUGGCCCACACAGCAGAGAGGGAACAGGUGAUGAAGCUGGGCACCACCAAUUACGAUGACUUCCUGAGUUUUGUCCGUGCCGUUCAGGACCGGCUCAUGAAUCUGCCAGUGUUGUCGAUGGAUUUGAGCACAGUUGGCCUGAACUACCUGGAAGAGGAGAUUACCGUGGAUGUCAAGGACGAAUUCUCCGGCGUCGUGAGCAAAGGAGACAACCAGAUUCUCCAGCACCAUGUCUUGACGCGGAUCCACAUUCUGAGUUUCCUCUCCGGGCUGGCAGAGUGCCGCCUGGGCCUCAACGAUGUCCUCGUCAAAGGGAACGAAAUCGUUUCCCGGCAAGACAUCAUGCCCACCACCACCACAAAGUGGAUCAAGCUCCAUCAGUGCCGUUUUCAUGGGUGUGUGGAUGAGGACGUAUUCAACAACUCACGGGUUAUCCUGUUCAACCCUUUGGAUGCCUGCCGGUUUGAGCUCAUGCGGUUCAGGACGGUGUUUGCGGAGAAGACCUUGCCUUUCACACUCAGGACGGCAGCGAGCAUCAAUGGGGCUGAGGUGGAGGUGCAGAGCUGGCUUCGGAUGUCAGCCGGCUUCUCCUCUAACCGAGACCCUCUCACUCAGGUUCCCUGCGAGAAUGUGAUGGUUCGUUACCCUGUGCCCAGCGAGUGGGUGAAAAACUUCCGCAGGGAAAGUGUCCUGGGGGAAAAGUCUUUAAAAGCCAAAGUGAACCGGGGGGCGAGUUUUGGCUCAACUAGUAUGUCUGGCUCUGAGCCUGUCAUGAGAGUAACUCUGGGAACCGCCAAGUAUGAACAUGCCUUCAACUCCAUUGUGUGGAGGAUAAACCGACUGCCUGACAAAAACUCAGCUUCUGGUCACCCACACUGUUUCUUCUGCCACCUUGAACUUGGCUCUGACCGGGAAGUGCCUUCCAGAUUUGCCAACCAUGUGAAUGUGGAGUUCAGCAUGCCCACGACUUCUGCCUCCAAAGCCGCUGUAAGAUCCAUCUCUGUGGAAGACAAGACUGACGUCAGGAAGUGGGUCAAUUAUUCCGCACACUACAGCUACAAGGUGGAAAUUGAGCAAAAAAAGAGUUUGAAGCCGGACUUUGAAGGAGAUGAAAUGGAAAAUCCCAAGGAGUGUGGGGUCCAGUGAGGAACCCCUAUUGCAGGGGGGCCUGACCGAAGCAUCAUAAUGGGAUGUCUUCCUGAGCAGCUGGAGUUCAAGGCAGUACCCACCAUGGCUACUCCCUGCUGGGAACAGUAUCCUGGACCUUCCUGUUUGUAGUUACCGAUAAUCUAACAGGACACCUUGAGGUGAUUGCUUUGGAGAGACUCUGAUAUGCCUGAAACACCCAGUUCCCUGACUUUCGGAGCUUAUUGUCUAAUUAAGCCUCCUUCUCUUUGCUCUGUUUAUCUCUUAGCACUUGAGUGUGGUUUGUUGUGACUACUGGAGUCAGGAAGAGAACCUUCCACAUCAGUGUCGGCAGGAUUUCCUUCUGGUGUUCACCUGUCACUUCCAUGAUUUUCUAGAAAGCACAGUCUUGAGAAUCCCCCUCUGUCACACCCUCUAGAAAAGGUUCAGAAGAGGCACAAAACACAUUUCCUCUUUGGGUCUAUAGGCUUUUUGUAUGUGUCUCCCUUCUUUCAAUGUUAACGCUAUGCAACAGAAAUUUUCAAGACAUUUCCCUCCUGGUUUUGGAUUGUUUUGAUGGAAACACUUUUUCCAUCUCUCUAGUCCCAGGGUUCACCACCCUGAGUCACAAUAGACAAUAGAAAAGAGGCACAAUAGGAUACUUUUUAAUUCUGUGAUUAGCCCCACAUUCUGCAGAGGGUGGCUCUGGAAGGGAAAGCAAAAUUGAGCUUAUUUUUCUUCAUUCCGGGGGAAAAGGGACAUUAAUUUUAAGAUUACAUUCAAUUCAGGAGACAUUUUCGAUCUCAGUGAAUUCCCAAAUUCACAGUGAAAAAUAUAGGUCAUUUCCGAUUCCUGAAACAAAUGGAUAUAUAUACAUAUAUAUAUAUUUUUUACCUCAGGCAUUUGUCAGGAGCAUUGGAAACUUUUUAUACCUCAAGCCUCUAGACAGUUGCAUGUCUCUUUAACUCAGACUUUACAGGAAAUGUAAGUGGAAAGAUCAUUUUAAAAACUAUUUUAAAACUAAGCUUAUAUGAACUUUUCCCCAAAAUUCAGAGUUUGAUAAUCACAGUGUUGUAACAGAUCUUCAAGGCAGAAGUCUCUAGGAUAGAGAUGGGGGAAAGCCAUAUUUUUCUAAUGUUGGGAACAUUAAGUCCCGAUUCCAAGAGUCUGGGACACUCAGUCUUCCUUCCCCUCGUGUGUUCCCGUUUACAUUCUGUACCUCCACUUCUUACUCACAUCUUGGUGGUUUUUUUUUUUUUAGCUUACACAGACCUAUAUUGGCCAUCCCAAGGGGAACAGUUUGCAGGCAGGUUCUAUCUGCCUGUUUCUCCCAUGAAGAAUAGAGUAAGGGGACAAAAAUCAUGCUUGUCCGAUUUGUCAGAUGACACAGAGAAAUAAACGAUAUAUCCAGUCUUGACUGGCAGAUUUAGGAUUAAUUUAUUCAGUGAAUAUUCAUUGAAUUAGAACUAUGUAUUGACACUAGAAUAUAGACAUCAUUACCAUUUUUUUGAACUACCUGAACAUAAGACUGAAACUAAAAGGAUGAAAUUCAGUAGGCAUUCAGGAGAAACUAUAUUCUAGUUGCUUAAAUGCAUCCCUCGAAAUACAGAGUGGUAUUACCUAGGUGUGUGUUGAUGGGAAGGGUGUUGAAAAGUCCUGGUUUCAUAGCAGUUCACGUGGAAAUAGGAGUUCAGCGUUGAAUCAGGAAUGUAUCAUGACUGUUCACAAAGUCAGUGCAUUCAGCCCGUGGUAGCAGAAGCCCAGGGAGCCCUGCAUGCCACAUUGGUCAGUUCACAUCUGGAUGGAGGGCUGAGUUCAAUUCUGGGUACCACAUUUUAAGAGAGACAUUAAUAAAUUGUGUCCAGAGGCAGGUGACCAGGGUUGUGAAGGGUCUGAUGACAUAAGGAACAGGGGAAUAGAAAUAGAAGAGAAUAAAGUAAUAUAGCUGCCUUGAAAUUUCUGUUGAGUCAUAAAAAAGGAGAGGAAUUUCGACUUACCCUGUGUAACUUCAGAGGGCAAAAAUGGGAACAAAGGAACUUUAUAGAUGACAGAUGUUUGCUCCAACAUAAGAAAGAAUUUUCUAAUAAGAGUGGUUCUAAAGAGGAAUAGACUUGAGCAGUAAAAUUUCCUGUAAUGGCAAAUGCCCAAACAAAGGUUAAAAUAACCAUCCAUCCCAGAUGCUAUGAAAGGGACAUUGGCUUGGGGAUAGAUGGCUACCGAGAUCCCUUCUGCAUAUAGGUUCAUCUCAGUAGUAAUAGGACUUCCUAACUCUAGUUGUUUUUUCUUUGAUAAGUGGUUUUGUAUGCUCUUUGAAAUACAGUGGGAUUCCCUGGAGGUCUUUGUCAAGUGAGGCAUAGCCCUUCCCCUGCUGUACAAGAGGCAUAUGAGACUCCUCAUAGGAACAUCAAGAUGGGCUGAAGAACUGGCAAAGGUGAAGGUCAUUCUGGCACCUUCCUUACCCAAGGUCAGUGCCCGUGCACGCUCUCCAGAUCCUCUCCCUCACCUGCCAGCAUCACUUAUUGAACCUUUACCCCCUACCUUAGUUAAUUCUCAUUGCCUUUGUGCUUUUGCCUGUUUUUUUUUUUUUUUUUUUAAACCAAGGGUUAGGAAAAUCCCUUCCAUGCUAUCUACAUUCAGCAAGCAAAUUAUUAUUAAUUUUAAAAAACCCAUCACCUUGAUUUCAUCAAAUUUGCUUUCCCACUACUAUUUUUGGGAAACUAAUUAUGGGUAGCAUUUAGGGGUUUGGGGAAUAUAAUCCUAUAUAUUUUUAGACCUAGUGUUUUGUUAAUAGGCCACGUAGAAAACACAGGCAAAUUACUUUUUGGUGUGCGAAUCCUAAGUUUGCCUCUCUGGACCUGGAUUGUGUGUGUGUGGUCACAAAAAAUCCUUGUCUGUGUUAUCAAUAAUGUGAAAAUAUUAAAAAUAAGUUCAUUUUACCAAUACAUAGUAUUACUAUUAGAACAUAAAUUAGAUGUCACAUGAUAUUAAGAGCUAUGCUUUCUUUUGAGUCUGGUGGCUUGCUUUGUGACUUUAUUGUGAAAGAGGAUAAGAAAUGUACUCGUUACAAUAGGUCAAACAAGAAGUUAAGAUAUUUUGUGGGGAGGGGGCAUUAAACCCCCUUUGCCACUCUUGUAAACAUAAUACUAGUUAUUUCUUAUCAGAAUUUUGCAUUUCACUUAUAUUAAAUAUUAUCUGGACAACUUUUUUUCUAUUUGGUUCUUUCCCUGCUCUCAGCAUUCCUGCAUUAUUGGCAGGACUCAGAACUCUUGAGAACUUUUUUUAUGUAAUAUAUUUCUAUGUGAAAUGGGAGUAAUUUCUAUUCACAUCCAGUGGGUGAGAGCAAAAGUUUGUUUCCCUAGAAAUUAAUGCCCCCAAGAAAUAUGAUCCAUGAUGGCAAAGAAUGUAUCUUAUUCUUUGUUUUCAGGACCUAGGACAAAGCUUGGGAGUAUAAUAGGUUUCAGCCACUUUAAAUCCUUGCUGAUAGGACAAACAUAUAUUAAUGAAAUAAAAGGAAAUUAUUAGGGGGGCCUGGCUGGUCAGUUGGUAGAGCAUGCAACUCUUGAUCUUGAAGUCGUGAGUUUGAGCCCCACGUUGGGUGUAGAGCUUACUUUAAAAAAAAAAAAAGAAAGAAAGAAAGAAAUGAUGAGGUAUUCAAUAAGUUUGCUGAACGAACACUGACCCUGAAACUCUAAGAUACUUAACCCUUACUUGUCAGCAGAUACUUCUAUUAAAGCAAGCAAGCAUGCUCUAUUUCCUGGAAGACUUAAAUUUUUUUGUAUUCCUGCUUCCCCUGUCAACUAAUGAUAACUGUCAGCACUUACCUUGCAGCUGUGAAUUUAAAGUACAGUUUACCUUACUCAUAUUGAAAACCAUUUUUGUGCCCAAAAUACAAUAGCACAUAUGCUAUCCAUAGUGAAGAUUAUUGACUCAAUGUUGUUCCUGUAAGCCAGACAGAUUUUGCCCGUUUGAAUAGACAGCAGGAGAAGAAGGCACGGCCAGUCUUGGUGUGUGAGGUCCUUGUUUUCCCCAACGUUAACCACUGACCAAUGUUACUGGGUACUUCCUUUGUCACCCUAGGAAGAUGGAGGUCUGAGAGGAUGAAACUCAUGAAAUGAAAUCAUGAUUUCACAGCUGCUUUUAGUCUCAUUAUAAGGUUAAGUGGUAGGAAAGCACAGGAUGAUCUGAAUUUUUUUCUUAAAAGCCUUGGGAAUAUUAAAUUAAUUUGAGUAGGAAGCACUGCCACCUAGCCUACUUUUAGAAUUCUCCCACUUGGGGCUGGUAACUUUAACUCUUCUGCAAACGGUGAUCAUAGUUAAUUCUAGCAUUUCGAGAGUUUAGGUCAUGUUAGGAAUGCAAUUUAACAGAAAAUUUGAACAAAACUGACCCAAAAGAUUAUAUCCACAAAAAAAAUCACCUAGUAUAAGCAAAUCAUCUUUAACACCUUCUACCAAGUCCCAUCCAAACCAUGACCACUCUUUAUAUAAAAUUAGUCAUGGCAUUCUCACCAAGUUUUAAAGGUGUUUUCUAAACAUUACCAAUGUUGAAGUGCCAACUCCCUACAAAUCACCAUUUCUUCAUCAUUUCCUAAUUGUGCUAUUUAUGAAUGAAACUUGCUUUGGAUGUUGUGACUUGUAUUUAUCUAUUUAAGGAAUUAAAAGUGAACAAGAUGUAGAAAAUAAAUGUAUCAGUAAUA